AUGUCCUUCAAGAACAUUGUUGUUGUCGGAGGCGGCGGUAACCUCAGUCCCUCCAUCGUCGAUGCCCUUGUACAAUCACCACAUAAGUACACCGUCUCGGUCCUUUCUCGCGAACAAUCAAAAUAUCAGGCACCCACCGGCGUCAAACACCUCAAAACAGACUACACCCACGACUCCCUCGUCUCUGCACUCAAGGGCCAGGACGCCGUAGUCUCAGUCGUCGCUGGCUCCGCAAUCGCCGACCAGAAAAAGAUCAUUGAUGCAGCUAUUGACGCCGGUGUGAAGCGAUUCUUCCCUUCAGAAUUCGGCUCUGAUACUACCACUCAACUUGCAUUGGAUUACUUCCCGGGAUGGGGGUCCAAAGUUGAAAUUAGGGAUUAUUUGAAGAGUAAGCAGGAUAAGAUUGAGUGGACUGUUGUAUUUAAUGGAUUUUUCUUUGAUUGGGGCCUGAGAGUUGGAUUCAUCGCUUUCAACGCCAAGGAAAAGACAGCCAAAAUAUUCCCCAAGUACAAGGACGUCAAAUUCUCAGCCACCAACUUGGGAGAUGUGGGAACCGCAAUUGCGCAGGCAUUGUCUCCAGGCAUUGAACCAAAAACGGCAAACCAGAUCCUCCGCAUUCGCACACUGACAACAUCUCAAUCCGAGCUCUUGGCUGCAUUCGAAAAGGCAACCGGCGAGAAAUUUAAGGUCACAGAGGCUGAUCUUGAUGCCGCCGUCACCGAGGCAAAGGAGAAGUUGUCAAAGGGUGAUUUCAGUGGUGUGGGAACGCUUAUUCAGGCGGCCGCUUUGGACGAGCGCACUGGUAAUGAUUUUGAUAAGGGGGGUAACGUGUCGAAUGAGUUGUUGGAGUUGCCCAGCUUGCCGGUUGAGGGGGCCGUUAAAGCUCUUCUUUAA